AUGUUGAUGUCUGUGUGUCUAAUCAGAACAGUCCUUCACAUUGCUGCAGGCUGUACUCUGUCAGGCCCUGAAGUGACACAGAUCACUGCCUACUCUGGCCAGCCUGUCCUGCUGCCCUGUUCCUGUUCUGAACCCGACGCCAAGCCUGAGUAUGUCCGAAGGACCGUUGAAGCUGAGCCAAUCAGGGAGAUCCUAGCGAUCAGGAAGUCUAGUGUUAGUGAUGAGUACAGAGGCAGAGUGCAGGUGUUUAACAACGAGAAGCAUCCAGGGAACCUCUCUCUCCAGCUCGCAACCAUCACUGAGAAGGAUGACGCUCUGUACAGGUGUAAAAUCAACGGUUCCAGGUUCAGAGACAUUAGACUCCACGUGAAAGGCUGUACUCUAUCAGGCCCUGAAUGUACAGAGCUAACUGCCUCCCCAGGCCAGUCCGUUCUCCUGCCCUGCUCCUGUACUGACCCUCAGGCCAAACCUCACAGCUUCACAUGGUCCAUGGGCAGUCGGCUAGCCAUCAGUGACAUCUGGUCCUCUCUCUCCUCUAACUGGAAUCAUGUCUACAGACACAGAGUGCAGCUGUCUUCUAACAGCUCUCCUGGAGACCUCUCUCUCCUCCUCACCAACUUCACCCACAGGGAUGAAGGACUGUACGCAUGCAAAAUGACAAGCCAUAAUAUCACAGCGCAUAGACUCAUCUUUCUCACUGGUAAGCACAGACAUUUAGUCAUUUCGUCACUGAUGGCUCACUGUAAAGAUACUAAAAAUAAUGUUGCACAAAUGAUUUGCAUAAAUGCAUACAGUGGCAUCUGA